AUGUCCAACAGCAGCUCCAUCACCCAGUUCCUCCUCCUGGCAUUUGCAGACAGACGGGAGCUGCAGCUCCUGCACUUCUGGCUCUUCCUGGGCAUCUACCUGGCUGCCCUCCUGGGCAACGGCCUCAUCAUCACCGCCAUCGCCUGCGACCACCACCUCCACACCCCCAUGUACUUCUUCCUCCUCAACCUCUCCCUCCUCGACCUGGGCUCCAUCUCCACCACUCUCCCCAAAGCCAUGGCAAAUUGCCUCUGGGAAACCAGGGACAUCUCCUACUUGGGAUGUGUUGCACAGUUCUUUUUCUUUCUCUUCUUGAUCUCAGCAGACUUUUAUCUUCUCACCAUCAUGGCCUAUGACCGCUACGUUGCCAUCUGCCAACCCCUGCACUACGGGACCCUCCUGGGCAGCAGAGCUUGUGUCCACAUGGCAGCAGCUGCCUGGGGCACUGGGCUGCUCAGUUCUCUCCUCCACACAGCCAACACAUUUUCCCUACCCCUCUGUGGAGGCAAUGCUGUGGACCAGUUCUUCUGUGAAAUCCCCCAGAUCCUCAAGCUCUCCUGCUCAGGCUCCCACCUCAGGGAAGUUGGGCUCCUUGUGGUUAGUGCCUGUUUAGCAUUUGGGUUUUUUGUUUUCAUUCUGCUGUCCUAUGUGCUGAUCUUCAGGGCCGUGCUGAGGAUCCCCUCUGAGCAGGGACAGCACAAAGCCUUCUCCACGUCCCUCCCUCAUCUGGCUGUGGUCUCCGUGUUUAUCAGCACUUCAUUUUUUGCCUACCUGAAGCCCCCCUCUAUCUCCUCUCCACUCCAGGACCUGGUGGUGGCUGUUCUGUACUCAGUGGUGCCUCCUGCAGUGAACCCCCUCAUUUAUAGUAUAAGGAACCAGAACCUUAAGGAUGCAAUUCAGAAACUGGUGACCAGAUGUUUUUUUAGAAGGAAUAUACUGCCUAUCUUCUCCAUAUCACUUUUAAUAUAA